AGUUUUAAUAUUUAGUAAACGACGACUUAAAUGUGUACACCAGAAAUGAUCUCGCUUUUACAAUACUUCUGUCCUGUCACUAAGGCGUAUUAUACUAUUGCGAGAGAUUUAUCUUCAUAUCUUUUAUACAAAGUUGAGAUUGAUUAAUAUUUUUAGGAAAGUGUCACGAUUCAAACAGAAGUUAAAAUUCUAUAAAAUAAUAAAUAGACAGAAAAGCCGUAAUAAUAAGCAGUUUUCAGGUUUAAGCAUGCUCCUUGAACAAAUAGUCAAAAUUUGUUUUUGUACCUAUUCGAUUUUCAAUGUAAAAUAAAAACAUGGUGUGUGCUUACAUGUACAUAUAGCGACUACGUAAUGGUUUAUUUUCCUAACUGGGGAAAUAUUUAUCAAUGUAGGAUGUUCUUAAGCUUUCUGUUUUGAUAUUUUUUACGUAUCAUCUUUGUCUUCCUUUAAAUAUAUUACUUAAUGUACGGCUAUAUUAUAUCAAAGUCUCUGUAUGAUAUCAUUUGCUCAUAUACGUAAUACUGAUUUUCUCCCUGACGUCGGAACAUAUUACUUAAUGUUAGAUUAUUCUUACGUUUCUGGUUUGAUAGGAUAUACAAUAUAUAUUUAUAAUGGUUGUUGAUAUAAGUAUUACAGUGAAAGCGUAAUCUGACAAUUAGCGGAAGUUCUGAUGUGAUAUCUGGCAAAAAUACCUCGAUGUCCUGUACAAGUACAGCCAGUCGUCCCGUGCCGAGUGUAGCGUGGUCGAUGAUUGAUUCUUCGGAUGUUUCGUCGAGUUUGUCCCGUAAAGGAGGAGUCAGUUGGACAGCCAGACAACAAUGGCUUAGUGGCCGUGACCUCUACUGUAUACUUCGUUCCUACGAUAGCGGACAAUAGGAAAACAAUCAGAUGUAUAUCAGCCCAGUCGGGAUUAACGCAUUCCCAUACAUCCUCCAACAUGAUAACAGUCCACGGUCCACCAACAGUAUUUGCUGCAUAUAACGCUACUGCCAAAAAUGGAACAACUGUAAAUUUUACAUGCUCUGUGACAUCAUCACUGGCAUCAUAUAAUGUCACGUGGUACAAACGCGUCAGUGAUACAGAUGGAACUGCAAUUCCUGUACAGAUCAACGAGAGAUAUGCUGUAGAUUUGAGCCCACAUCGAUUGUGGAUAUACAACAUCAACGUGAAUGACAACGGUGUAUACUAUUGUAUCGCACAGUCUGCCGCCGGGACUUCCGCACGAUCUGAAGUAUCUCUAAUAGUCAACAUUCCGCCGUCAGUACCCUGGUUUGAGAACAACGUGACUGCAAGGACUGUUAAUGAAAAUGAGGGAAGCAUCACAGCGAAGUGCAUGACGACGGUCUAUCCUGGCAACACGGCAUCCUAUAGAUGGGAUUUUAUUCCGGCUGACGGAUCAAACCCGGUUGAAGUUGAUAGCGCUUAUGUCAAUAAUAAUGAACUUACCAUUCCGUCGGCUAGCAGGGCACAGUCGGGAACAUACGUCUGUGUAGCCUUCAAUAGCUUCGGCAGCGUGUAUAGGAACUUCACAGUAAACGUACAAUAUCGGCCCGAGUUGGAUCAAAAUAAUGUUCAGACAUCUUAUCCUGACGCCACCGUAGAGGAACUCAUUGUAUUAUCAUGCAACGUCAUCGCAAAUCCAGAAGCAACAAGCUACAUCUGGAGGCACCAGAAUGAACAAGUCGGCACGGGUAAAGAUUACGAAGUAAAUGUAAAGUCAGGCGAAAACACGUACACUUGUAUAGCAACAAAUGGUGUUGGACCUUCGGAAGGACUCGUUUUCACGGUUGUAGCUCCACAGGCAAACAGUGCACCCGCUGCAGGCGCUUCUACCGCAGACGAAGGGCUUUCAGACGGUGUCAUCGCAGCCAUUGUCCUCGGAGUUAUUUUCAUCCUCCUGAUCCUCAUCAUAUGUUGUGUUGGGUGCAAAUAUUACAAAGACAAAACGACAGACGAAAAGGUAAAGCGUACCGUCAAGAAGACGAAACCCAAACACAAACCUAGUUCUGUGGCUCCUGACGCUGAUGACAAGCGAUCAACCCUCUACCCGAGGGCGAAGGAUCCAGCUCUUCUGUUUGGACCAUCCCGUCAUCCAUACCAAGACCAGCGUCACUAUCCAAGGGAUAUUGCCUACAUUGAACGCGACUAUAGUCAAAGAGGCGUUUAUGAAAAUCAUCACGACACGUACUACGUACCAGCACCCGGUAGCGAAUUGGAUGAUAUGUCUAUGUAUCGGGAGACUGGUUUCCGGUCCAAUCGUCGAAAGCUUCCUAAUGUACUACCACCGCUCGCGACUGGUUAUACCGGGGAGGCCAAACGGAGGAAAGAGCGACGGAAGAAAAGUAAGAAGAAGAGACAGCAAGAACGACAGUCUGGCGAAGGAAUGGAGAACCCUGGGAAAUCUAAAGACAAUUCGCCUCAAAUAAACCUGGACGACAACCAACCGGAAAAGGAUGCGGCUACUGAUACAAAUGUCCUCCUUGGAGACCAGUUCAAAAACUGAAUGAUUUUAUUGACAAAUUGAUUAAGUCUGAUAUGAAAGUAUAAGUCGAUGUAUGUUCAGAGAGAGAAUCCAUUCCAAGACAUAUCAAUGUAUACUUAAUAUGAUUAGAUACCCGUCUUUUAUUGGUGUUGAGGAUAUCCGAGGCAAGGAAAUAAUUUGGGGGAAAUGUUUAAGAGAGUAUCUGCGUAGGAGAAAUAUUAUUUUUAUUUCUAGUUUAUUUCGUGAUAAUAGAAUAUAACUUCUAUAAUUCUACAUAUAAAAGAAGGCUAUCUCUUAUAUCAAAUUUUCAAAUAUGCAAAAGAAAUGAUAAAGGCCACGCCAAAUUAAUUGAAUGUUUGUUUUCGUUUAUUUCUCUCUCAAAGUGCAAAGUUAUAACUUUGGAACUUACUACGCAAUUGUUUAUUUUAUAUCGCGUAGCUUAUGUGUCAUACUUGUCCCGUUCAGAGGAUCAUCGAGAGGACGAAAUUUCGCGGAACAUUCCUUGGCAACAUUUAUCAAUGAACGGGUAAUACCCAUGAACAUUUGACUAUAUGAAUGUAUCUUCGAAAAGAAUUUGAUUACGAUUAUGAUUAUCAAUAUAUCUAAAUAUAAAUUUGUUAAAAUUUACUGAAUGUUAAAUUGUGCCCUAUCUUCCUAAGGUUUUAUAAGUAAUAGUAUGCUGCAAACGUGGAAAUUUACGCGAGGGGGAUUUUACGCUUAUUAGUCUUUGUGAUCGAGUAUUCUUUUGAUCUCAAUUUUGAAAUUUAAUCUGAAACUACAAACGAAGUUGGGUCGAUAGCGAAAAUUUCCGCCACGCGUAUAAUUUACAUAAAAAAUCAACCCCCGCGAAAAUAACCCCGUUUACAGUAUAGUAUAUACUAUAAAUAUAACGAUGAACUGAUACAUUUUAUGAGGGUGGUGCGGCGCAAUGUGUGGUAAAGUUUUUAUAUCAACCUGUGUAUCAAAAUGUGUUUUUAAAAUGUUUUCUCGCAAUGUGAGGUUGUGACGACAUAUAUUUUUGUGAUAUGGAUACCGAAAUAAGUAUUGAAUUUAUUGGAAUUUCACAAUGUAUUUGAAUUGUAUAAUAUAUUAUUUAUAACAAUGGUGAAAUAUCAUGUUUGCAAUUAAUAUGACGUAUGUAAACGAUAAGUAUAUAUUAUUCAGUCAAACGCUUUCUUCCUUUCAAACAAUAAUGUGCAAACAUUUUGGCAUUAUUCUGAAUCUCGUAUCGUGAUAAUCAGUCUGUUUGAAAUGUUAUUUUUAUUGAUAUUCUGAUAAAGUAGACUUUAAUAUAAAAUCAAAAUAACUAAAUUAAUAGGUCUAAAACCAUCCUUUAUAACCUUGAUAUUUGACUGACAAUAGAAAAUAUUUUUUGUUAUUAUAGGGAGGGUUAGGGUUCAGUCAAUAAUGUCUUCUCGUUUUUAUUCAGGAUACUCGAAUGGACUUAAUGCUAUUCGGCUCUAAAAAGAAAUACAUACAUUUCUUCUUCUUUUCAUCCGAUAUUCACAAAUCAUUACCAUCAUGUUAAGUUAUAUACAUUUUAUCUAAUAUUUUAUAUAUCAUCAACAAUUACAAAUAAAAUGUAUCUAUAUAAUAUUGUACAUAUCAAUGUAGAAUGGUUUGAUGUAUAUAUGAGUGUAGACAUGUAUGUGUUUAGUGUAUAUAUAAGUAUACCAUUUGCCAUUUAAGCAGUACUUGCCUGAUAGCGUGCCAUUUACAUCAAUUAACCACACAGUAUUAUUUUGUACGUCCAGUAUUUUGAUCUGUUAACUUAUUUCUGAUCAAAACAAAAGUAAAUUCAGCUUCACAACAUAAAAGACACGAGAACAUUUACUUACAGACGCUACAUCGCCGACGUAUAUACGUAUAUAGUGUCGCCCACCAAAACUCAUAAAAUGGCAUUAAACAAAUUACAUUAAAAAGGUGAUAAAUUAGCGUCCUGAUAAUGUUGAUCCCUUAAAGACCAAAAGAUAUAUACACAACAUAGAGGUUAAGGAGGGCAGAAUUUCACCGAAAAAUAACUAAUUAUUUUUAGGUUUUAAAUCGAAAAGUUAAAAUAUCUUGAAAGCUGGAAAUACGAUGACAUUUUUGAAACAUUUAAAAAUACAGCGUAUUCUUGUUUUCGGUCGAACAUUGUUUCUAUUUGUUGAUUAUGUAGCAUCUUAAAAUGCCAUUGUAAUAUAUUUUCAGAUUAAAAAAACAUAUCACAAGUAAUUCAAAAGAAAAUGAUAAUGGUCGGUAUAAAAAUUAUUUAACAAAUUCAAAGCAAUAUGUCAAUUGAUUGAUAAACAAAAAUAGGAAAAGUAGGAUUUAUCAACGCUUUCUAAGGUAUCUUUACAGAAGGAUUUAAAAAGAAGUAUAUAAUAGAUUAUUAAAAUGCUGCAAUUAACUUAUUUAUGUGUAUAUUUUCAUUAGGGAUAGAAGAAGUAAAGGUAUUCAGCUGCUUCCACUUGUAUAUACAGUACGGAAUAGAAUGUGUUUGAAAGAGGCGAUAUUCCAUAUCAUGAUUUGUGUAAUAGAUUAACAUUUCCUCAGAGUGUAUUACUAAUAUAUGAAUAAAGGUAAAAGGCCAAACAAA